UUUUUAGACAGUUUGAUCGUUGGUGUAGCAACCAACAAUUUUUCGUCUGAAUAGUACAUUGCAGCAAAUAAACAAAAUGUCAACCUGUAUUUAAAAAUGGCCGCAAAAUGGAUUGCAGUUAGAUCAGUAUUUUAAAGUUGCAGCUAAUGUACUAAUCAUUGCAACGAAUGCGUCAAUGGCCUAACUUUAUUUAUAGUAAUCAAUUCUUUUUAUUAGCCUGCCAACAACUUUGACGUAAGACAUUCUUGGAUGCAGUUUACAUAUUUUCCAAGUGGUCAAUCUGUCGCACAGACCAUUCCUUUCAUCAGUUGUAAAUUUGUUUAACUCUUUGGUGCAUGUGGACAUUUUCAUUGUGGUCGCACUCAAUAAUAUAAUAUAAUUAUAUGUGACCCAUUGUACAAGAACAAACAAAACAAAGAUAUGUCGUCAGGCGUAAACGAUGGUCCCCCCCGUAACACAGGCACUCUUCCAAAAAGUAACAGAAGAAGCGACAGAAACAGAGAACGAUCCGCAGCUAAUCAACAAAUGGCUAAUCGUUCUGCUUAUCACAGUCAUGAACCACAGCAUUCUAACAAUUUGUUCCAGCUUGAUUGGCAACUUGUAAGUGAAAGAGGACCCCUAAGAACGACAAAAAAUAGCAACACUAGAUCAGUUUCAUCGCUUCCUUCUACAUCUUAUCAGGAAAUUACCGAGUUUGUAUCACAUAGUGGUAGAAGACAUUGCAAUUAUUCAACUGAAGAUUGUACACCUUGGUCAAAAAUGGUGCUACCAGCAGAUUCUCAAACACAGUCACCUCCAUGUUUACAAGGAACCAAACCAUCCAAUGUUGAUAAAAUGCCUGAUAGAAAUCAAGUGGAAAGUCGUUUGAAUCAAAUUCGUGACUAUAUCGGUGUUACUUCAACAAUGAUGGAUUCUCUUAGUCAAUCUAGCGAUCCACGAGCUCAAAAGCAGAAUGAAAAAUUAAGCAGAAUGGUGGAGGGACUUCGUGACAGUGAAACAAAAUUGGCGAAACUUUUGGAAACAUAUCACGAUCAUGGGAUUACAAAUCAGAAUGGCGAUAGUGGAAAAGAAGAUGGAGAAGAAAAUACUGAAACCAAUAGAGAAAUAAUAUUACGUAGAAAAAUGGAAGAAUCUCAAAGGAAGCUUGUACAAUUGCAGGAAUAUCAUGCGAAUUUAGUUGGAAUGCAAUUACGUGUUAGGGAAAGAUUAAAUGAAGCUCGACAAGCCCAACAAGCUUUAUUGCAACAAGAAAAUCAAGAUGCUGGAACUUCUACAUGGGAAGGCAAUAAUCGUAUGCCCGUGCCAUUGCCAUCAAAUGUUGAAGAAUUACAAUCAGAGACAGCUGUAUUGAGAGGCAAACUUACUCAAUUACAAACUAAGAAGAAACAUAUGGAUCAUCUAUUAGCUGAGUUGCAAGUUGUGGAAAUGUCGGACAGAGCAAGUUGUAGCUCUGAUGGCUCUAGAAAUGCUAGUAGAGAUAAAGCAGCAGAAUUAGAAGUAAUGAAAGCACAACUCAACCAUUUAAAAGCUUUAAUGGAAGAAGCUACCAGAGUCAGAGAAUGUCUAGAUUCUACUUCAGAACCUGAACCUGAUUUGGAUGUUAAUGGUGAAGGGAGAGAAGAAAAUGAAUCUCUAGAAGAAGGUGCUAGUUUAUGUAGUGCAAGUAAUACGUCGGAAAAUCAUAUUGAUAAUGACGAUGUAACUCGCGAAAAAUCCAGAAAUUCUAGACAUAGACCAACAGUUGAAGAAGUUCAGGCUGUUACAAGAGAACUGAAAGAGCAAUCUGCGUUAUUGCAAGCAACUCGAGCAGAGUUACAGCGUUUAAAACAACCAUUAAUAGCUUCUACUGUUCAUUCUCCACCAGUAUCUAUUUUUCCUGGAUCCACACCACCUCCUUCACUAAUAGGUGUUAAUACUGAAAAGAAGCAAAGCAAUAAUCUUGGUGAUAAUCAACCAGUUCAAACUAAAAGACGCCAGAUAGAAGAUUUUGUCAAAAAAGAUCAAGGUCAAGUAUCAAGCGUCAAUCGCAAUGUCGGUGGUUCAGAUCUAAAUAGUCACAGAAGUUCUAGUUCACGUAUUAGUCAUAGAAGUACACCUACAAACGUGUGGCCUGCAACCGCUGCUGCUGCUGCUGCUACAGGUGGCUCUAAUGAACAAAGUAUAGAUGAAAUGUUAGACAAUUUAAUGGAUAUUGGUCCUCAAGCAACAACGAUGGAAAAUGGGUUUUCUGGAAACUAUUGGGGAUAUCCACCAUUACCUAUGAAUCAGUCACAGCAUGGUUCUGCAGAGCACUAUCAUAAUUUAGUGUUAAAUUCUCAAGUACAACAACUUCAAGUACAACAACUGCAAGUAAUGGGUACAACUAUACAACAGUGCUGUCAACUUUUGUGGGUACAACAACGGGAAUUACAAUCUAUGCGUACAGCAAUUACUCAGCUACAAUUACAAUUAAGACAAUCGCAAGGAGUACAAAGAAGCAAUAAUUCUGAAAAUCAGGAAGACUAUUCUAAUCUAAGCCGCAGUGUGCAUCAUCUUGCUGAUACAUUAGAUGCAGCAUUACCCCCAAGUUCUUCUUUACCAAAUCUUGUUUCAUUACCUAAUACUUCUCCUGCACUUUCUCACUCAGUAGUAGGUACUAAUUCUCAACAGCAUCAACAACAACAAUUGAACAAUCAAGUACCACCGGGAAAUAGAGCAAACAACUACUGGGAUAACUUUCGAAGUUACUCAAGACAAAACUUACUUUCUGGAAGUGCGAAGACAAUAACUGAUUCUACUACAGCAUCCAUUUCAAAUUCUACUACUUCUGCAAAUACUGCAAGUGGUGUAGUUCAUCCUUCUCUUGGGAAGGAUAAACGAAAUCGUGAACAGGGAGCAGAUAAUUUACCUUUACCAUCAUUAACGAUAGCAGAAACACAAUAUUCAUUAAACCUUCAACAACAAUCUAAUUUACAGCAACAAGAAAGAGAAAAUACUACUAUGAGAAGUAAUAUAAUAACAAAUGAAGUAUCACAAGUCGACAAUUCCGGAGAAGAAGCCCAUAGUUCAUUUAGACUACCACAUGCGACUAACGAUGAAUAUUUUUUACAUAAUCUAAGUCCUGAAAUGAGAGAAGUCAUUAGGUCACUUGUUGUAGCUAAUAAAAAAAGACCAGACAAUUUAUUAACGAUUUUAAAAGAGAUUACAGCUAUAAGCGACGACAAAAGACUUCCUCUUUUAUUGAUAAGUCUUCGUUUUUUGCAAGAUACACAACCACAACAGAAUGCUCAGAAUGAAGCAGCUGAUCAAACAGGGAGUGACAGUUGUCGGUCAAGUGACGAAGAUUCGGAUGUGGGUGCUAUACUCGGCUUUAAUAUGGAAAAUCAAUGUUCAUUAAAUGGAUUAGUUGUAUCAACUCAUGCUGGCCCUUCGUCAUCUCCUACAGCACAAGUUCCAUUAUUAGAUCGCUUAGAAAUGCCUACAUCGAGUUGCCUUGAUAACGACAAUGCUACUGGUUCAGCAUCUGCUCUUAAACCAGGUUGCAAUGAAGACUUAGCAGAAGCUGAUCAAUCAAGAUCUGAAUCUUCUGUCAAUCAACAAAUACAUCACAAUGAAGAAAAUGAACAAAUCCAAGAUGAUGUAGCAUUAUCAUUAGGAGCAGCUAUAGGAACUUUAGAAGCAGCCUUAGCAGAAAGUGAUGAAGAUGAAACAACUACAAAAGAUGAACACGGCAGAGGCAAAUUAACUGCUAAACGACAUCGUCGAUGUUAUUAAUCAUUAACUAUAUCAUAAGUAUUUAUUUCAUUAUAUUUCAUUAUACUAUUGCAAAGUUUAACGAAUUUUCAAAAACUGCAUAAUAUAUAAAAGCUUAUAUAUACAUUAGAUCAAAUACUGUAUAUGUAUUUCAUUUAUCAUAUGAAGAUAAAAAUGCAUGGAUGGUGAAUUACAUACACAUAUUGACGCAAUUGCAGAUCAGUCUGAUUAAUGAAGUAUGUUUUUUUUAAUAACAUUUAAGCAAUAAAAGUUGUCUUUAUAUUUAAUACUUCAUGUUUAAUAUGCAUUCAAAAAUGCAUAUUGCAGGAUAUAUUUAACAAAG